AUGUCGAGCACUAACGACACCCACAACUUCGCAGAAAAGGACGGUCAAUUCCGGCGUCAAGCUUCUCAAUUUCGCAACUUCAUCUCCUCCAACCAGAGUUCAGACUUUCCAGCCGAGAAAGAUCGAUAUGCGCUCUACAUUCAGCUCGGCUGCCCAUGGGCCCAUCGCACCAACAUUGUCCGUAGCUUAAAAGGGCUUGAGGAUGUCAUCCAGUUGAUUGCAUGGGAUGCGUCCCUCCUCCAUGAAGGUAAGGGAUGGGCGAUGUCCGGGAAGCCUGGAUUUGAAAAGGAGCCGUUGUAUGGGUUUACAAAUGCGAGGCAGUUAUACGAGAAGGCGGAUCCGGGGUAUACGGGGAGGUAUCUAGUACCAACGCUUUGGGACAAAAAGAAGGAGACCAUUGUGAGCAAUGAGUCCAGCGAAAUCAUUCGAAUGUUCUACACCGAAUUUGAUGCUCUCAUCCCAGAGCAUCUACGCGAAUCCGCCAAAGGUGACAAAGGCCUCUUUCCAUCCCAUCUCCGUCAAGAAAUUGAAGCUAUGAACGACUGGGUCUACAAUACUAUCAAUAAUGGUGUCUACAAGACUGGUUUUGCAACCACGCAAGAAGCAUAUGAGGAGCACGUGUACCCCAUCUUCGCAUCUCUCGAUCGCCUGGAAGAGCACCUCGGACAGCCAGGGCACGGCCCGUACCUCUUUGGAGAUUAUAUUACGGAAGCGGAUAUACGACUGUAUCCUACGCUAAUUAGAUUCGACGUUGCGUAUUUUACCAUAUUCAAGUGCAAUUUAAAGAUGAUCCGGUAUGAUUAUCCGAGGUUGCAUGAGUGGUUAAGGAGGCUGUAUUGGGAUAAGAGUGAGAAGACGAAUGGUGGGGCGUUCAAGAAGGACGUGAACUUCCAGGCGUAUAGAAACGGGUACGCGAGCGCCAUCAAAGCCAAGGUCGUCCCUGUCGGACCGAAACCCGACAUCCUACCCUUGUAG